CAAAAGGAAGAAGCUUUUCCCUUUUCUGUCUCCUGCCCACCAUUCUCCUCCUUUUGGGUGGACUUGCAUCGCACGUCUGGCAGUAUGGAGUCCCUAAAUCUGUGUCACACCUGAUGUCACAACUGGAGCUGCACUGGUUGGAAAGUUUCUGGAUGCCUCAAGAGACAUGCACUUUUGACUGUAGGCUUACUAUUGUUGAGAGUGUCCCUGAGGGCCUCAGCUUCCCUUCCGGCUCGCCACACCUGCAGAACAUUUCAGACACUUGGACUAAUCUGCUAAACAAAGCAAACCGCUCUGUCCACAUUGGUGCUUUCUAUUUCACACUCCGAGAUUCAGAUUUAGGCCUUACGGAGCCCUCGUCUGUGCUGGGCAAAAAAGUGUUCAACCAGCUGAAGCAGCUGGAACCAAAAGGAGUGAAGUUGAAGAUCGCUGUAAACGCCCCUCAGCCGUACAUCGCAGACACAGACGAACUGGUUGCAACAGGGGCUGAGGUCAGGGGAGUUGACCUGCAGAGCAUCACUGGAGGCAUUUUGCACACCAAACUAUGGGUUGUGGAUAAGAAACACAUGUAUUUAGGGAGCGCAAACAUGGAUUGGCGUUCCCUUACCCAGGUACGUCUAAAUCAAGCGACAUUUAAAGAAAGAUCUGAGAAUCUGUCCUGUGCCACUGAAGAUCGGAGCCAGAUUCUCCUCAUAACUGAGAAACUUAUUUCUGAUGUAGCCGAACCAAUGGGCAGCUUUUUGGUUUUCUUAAUGGAUCAUUACACCUCCCGACUCAUCGCCAUUGCCCGUACUAACCCUGACCUGUUCGACUUCGCCAGAGACUUCAGUGUUUUCGCCACGACCUGCUCAUUUGACGAUGGGACACUGAAGUCUCUGUUCUGGAUCGGGGAGGCCAUCAUCCGGUGUCUGGGGAGCAUCAACCCCCGAUCCGGAACACAGCCAGACCCAGAGCCCAGCCCACCAUCACCCCGCUGUGCGGAGCAAGAGCCUGAGCCUACCGAUGAUGGAGAGCCUGAGCCUGUCGCAACCGACGAGCCAUCGCCUGAUGGAGCGACAGAACUGAGGAUCGCCUUGGAGCCAGAGCCCGUGACAUCAGACCAGGUGUGA